AUGGCACAAAUACCAGGAUCAUCACUUAUAGAUCAGCUUCUACACCUCCGCAGUGAGGCCUCUCACCCAGACGCUUCCCACCACCUCUCCUCCCUACUAUCCUCGCACACCGGUUCUUGGCCUAUUCGUCACCUAAUAACAACCUUUCAGGACAUCUACAAGUCCAUUCCAGAAUACACCAAGACCAACAACAAUGAAUUCAUUACACACCUUCGUGCACAAGUCAAAGCAGCCACACCCAACGUUGCAGAACUAAUCGGGACAGACUCUCGCCCCGGUCUCAUCGAUGCUAAUACCGGACGGCAUCUGACACAUAAUACUAUCCGACAGUUCUUGGAGAGUUUCCAGAUUCCUGUGGGACCUUCCCGUCAUGGAAAGCCUCGCAUUGCUGUCAUCUUGCCUAACGGCCCUCUUAUGGCAGUGGCUGUUCUUGCUUUCGUCAACAGGUAUACCAUUGUGCCUAUGACAUCAAACACAGUGCCAGAGCAGUUGCAGAUGGAUAUAGAAAACGCAAAAGCUGAUGCUGUUGUCGCGCUGGACGCUGACAUUGGCAAGUUGCAGCUGGACAAUGGUAGUCGGCCAGUGUUUGGCAUUGAACAGCUUGAAGACAUGACUUUCCGGGUGGUCUCUGCACAAAACGCUUGUAGUGCGUGUGACGUUCCCCCCAAUUCCGGGGACGACAUUGCCAUUAUCCUGUUCACCAGUGGUACAAGUGGUACUAAGAAGCUGGUUCCCAUUACAACUUAUAACCUCAUCGCGGGUACUAUGGCUACGAUAGAGUCGGUGGAACUGUCCACGACAGAUAUCUGUCUUAAUAUGAUGCCGCUGAACCAUGUUGGUGGCAUCAUGCGCAGUAUCUUCUCCCCCAUCCUAGCCGGCGGUGCCACAAUAUGCUGCCCAUCGUUUGACCCCAGCAUGUUCUGGGAUGCCAUACAAACCCCUCAUAUGACACCAACUUGGUAUUAUGCCACACCCACGAUGCACCAAAUGAUCCUUGCGGAAGCCGAGCACCGUCCCGAUGCCGUUAAGCAAAGCGCCAUCCAGUUUAUCUGCAACGCUGGUGGUGGUCUUCCUCCAACGCUUGCUGUGCAGCUUCAUGAUACUUUCCACUGCUCUGUCCUCCCCAGUUACGGCAUGACUGAAUGUAUGCCUAUUGCUGCGCCGCCGAGGGACUAUAAACUUGAUCGCCAUGGAACCUCGGGACGGAUUGUUGGUCCUGAGGUUGCAAUUUUGACCGAAAGUGGCAAGCCUGUCUUGCAAUGUGGAAUGCUCGGACACAUCUGCAUUCGUGGAUCACCCGCUUUCGAAGGAUAUCUGACCCCCGACGGCAAGAUUGAUACCAGCGCGUUCAACGAAUCUGGCUGGUUUGAUACUGGUGAUCUUGGACAUCUCGAUGCCGACAAUUACCUAUACAUCACUGGCCGUAGCAAGGAGGUCAUCAACCGUGGUGGUGAAAUUAUAUCUCCCGUCGAAGUGGAAAACGCCGUGCUGGCCACAGCCAAAGAUCCUGAAUCCUCGCUGUAUGGUCGCGUCACUGAGACAUUGGCUUUUUCGGUCCCAGACGAGGUGCUACAGGAAGUCGUCGGUGUGGUUAUCGUCACACCUCCAGGCCUCACUAGGCCGGAUAUUCGCCAGAUACACGAAGCGCUGCAGCCUAUUCUCCAUCAGCCCAAGUGGCCCGCUCUGGUAGUAUACAUGGAUGGUGUGCCAAAGGCAAACAACAAGAUCCAACGCAUCAAGCUCGCAGAGCGGUUGUCCUUGGAGACCUUAACCACGGCCACGCCCCUGGCAAACAGGCACUAUGAAGCUACGUGCCCGCCCGCUGGCGCUCCACUCAGUGCAUUGAUCCCGAAAAAGGCGUGUGUAAUCGAUGAUAAAAUCAUUCGCUCGGUUCUUUCCAAGAAAGCGAAUGCGCCUGAGGUGCACGUACAAAUCAACCCGCGCGACGGGCUCGCGCAGGUUGUUUUGUUUGUCCAGAACCCAGAUGAUGACUAUGUGACACCUGGCCAGCUCCACAACCAGCUUGAUGGCUAUCUCGUACCUAGUCGUAUUAUCCCCCUCAAGGGUCCCAUGCCGGUCGAUUUCUACGGAAAACCCGACCAGGCCGCUAUCAAUGAGGCCAUCCGCUCCCGCAACUCGGAUGGCGAUUUAUCGCCCGUUCAGCGCCGCGUGCGGGAGAUCUUCGCUGUGGCUUUGUCUUGUGCACCAGAUGAAGUAUCUGCAGUUACCGACUUCUUUGCUGCUGGAGGUGAUAGUCUUAGUGCUGGUCGUAUGGUUUCGCAACUUCGUCGCGAAUUCAGCAUUUUCCUGGCCGGUGACAUUCUUUUCCACCAUAGCACUAUCGGAGCGAUAGAGCACAAGAUCACUGAAGCCGUUGAUGUCAAGGCUGCGAAGGGUGACGAUGGGGAAGUUGAAUUGCCUGGUUGCGAGAAGACAUACAGCAGCACGAACCCAAUUAUCUUGAUCCUGCAUCUGUUCCCAACUGUGUUCUUCUUCCCCAUGAAGCGCGCCUUCCAGUGGAUGAUGUUUGCAUACGUCAUGGCUGAGUGCUCAAAUCGAUUCCCUAUUCGUGAUAAUCUCAUCGGUCGCUUGAUCCUGGUUGUUUUCGCCGUGAUGUCAGCUCGCUUAUGUUCACAAAUAGUGUCUCCUAUACUUGCCAUCGUCUUUAAGUGGCUCGUCAUCGGUCGCUAUAAGGAGGGCAUAUCACCUAUGUGGGGCCCGUACCAUACCCGCUGGUGGUUGACCCAGAAGGCAUUGCAGGUGUGCGGAAAGGGUCUCUUUAACAACUACAACUGGUCCCGGAUUCUCUUUUACCGUCUACUUGGCGCAAAGAUUGGAAAGAAUGUCACCAUGUCUGCAUCCGCUAAGCUUGGUGAGUAUGAUCUCAUUGAGAUCGGUGACAAUGUCGUUUUGGAUACUUGCCUUUGUCGCCCUUUCGGCGUGGAGCGAAACACCUCUAUGCUGUUGAAGCGCAUUCGCAUUGGCAAGGACUCUUCUAUUGGUAUUAAGUCGAUUGUAGCGCCUGGUGCAGAUAUCCCCGAGAGGACCUGUAUUGGUCCCAACUCGUCAAGCUGGGAACUCCAGGACGCCGAUGAGUCUAAUCGCCAAUUGCUCACUUCUCAGAUCCCUCAGCCUCACUGGAUCUGGAUUCUCUUGAUUGUUCAGCCAAUCAAGAUUAUCACCUGGAUGGCUGCUCGUAUUACCUGGAUGGGCGGUCUCAUCCCUAUGGUUCUCGAAUUCCCUACUCCCGCGGCCGACAUGUUCCGGUCUACCCUAAAUUGGUACACAUCUGAUCAACGGGUUGCAUUCCAUAUAACAGCACGGAUCUGUCGUGCUAUUGGUGGUCCAAUUGUGCUCUUCAUUGCGGUCUUGAUUAUAAAGUCCUUGCUAGAUCUCAUCUGUGGCAAGCCUAAGCCUGGACCUGCCUCGAGACAGACUACUCGCCAAAAGGUACGGAGUGCGGUGCUUGCGCAGAUUCUACCUGCGGGCGACAUUCAUGAACUCACCCGCCUUACUGGUCGUCACUAUGAAUUCGUCUCGAUGGCUGUCCGUGCCCUUGGUGGCAAAGUUGGCAAGCAUGUCUACUGGCCCAGUGUUGGUCCCGUCACUGUCGAUUUUGAUCUCAUUGAGGUUGGUAACGAUGUUGUCUUUGGCUCUCGCUCGACUUUGGUCACAUCCGAUGGCUACGGCCGUGACCGCAUCGUGAUCGGUGACGGUAGCAUGGUCGGUGAUCGUGUCGUCGCUUUACCCGGUACUACCAUCGGCCGUGAAGCCAUGAUCGGCUCCGGUGCGUUGCUCCGCCGCAACGGUGACUAUGCUGCCAACACCGUCUGGACUGGGAGCAAGGGUGGCGAGGCUAUACAGUUCCCAAGUUCUACUUCCACCUCGCCCUCCAGUUCGACGGCUCCAACCAUCAUCGGAGACAGUAGCAGCAGCCCCAGCAGCGACAACGAAGACGGGAGCACAAUCAGCAAGAAUACCAUCAACGAGAAGGAGACCGAUGUUGGUGGUAAGAAUAAGACCGCCACCGUUACCGAGAUUGAAAAGGGUUCGGAUACCUGCAAGCCUUUCGGUCGUGCCUUCUACCGCCGCGAGGCCAACUACUACGUCCUCCGCAUGUGGCAAAUUGUGAUCUAUUCUGUCUUUUCAGUUAUUGUCACAACUGUCUACUGGCUCCUUACCGUGCUGUUCUCCCUUUUUGCUCUCCGUGCUGUCCUAGACUACAGCGAUGCGGCUGGUUUUAAGCAAGGUGCCUGGCGCCCAUUCGCUCUGUAUGGCCUUCUCGCCUCAAUCCUAUCUGUCAUUACCGCUGCUCAAGUAUUCCUUGCCUUUGGCAUUAUUCUCUGCAUUAAAUGGACGGUCGUUGGCCGCCGCAAGGAAGGCGCCUACCACUGGGACAAGAGCAGCUACAACCAACGCUGGCAGUUCCUCCUCUCCUGCGAGACGCUGAUUAAAGACUGCUAUGAUGGAGUAGGUCUUCAGCCAAUGAUCUCGGGCUCUGCUUAUAUUUCCUGGUACUACCGCCUCUUAGGCGCGAACAUUGGAAAGGACUGUGCGAUCCACGCCAACGGUAGUCCCAGCAUCUUCUUCACAGAGCCUGAUCUCGUCACUCUUGGUAACCGCGUUGCUGUCGACGAUGCCAGUUUGGUUUGUCACUUGAACUCGCGUGGUGGGUUUGAGCUGCAUACCUUGAAUGUUGGCGACCGGAGUAUUUUACGCGCUGGAUCGCGCUUGAUGUCCGGCGCUUCGAUGGGCCAAGAUGCUUGUCUUUUGGAACAUACCUUGGUUUUGUCGGGUGACCAUGUUGAGAACCGGGACACACUUCAGGGAUGGCCCGCUGAGGGCUUUGAAGGGAAACGUGUUUAA